ACACUGAGAGCUCGGGAGAUGAAACACAAGAUCCAACAGAGAGUGAGAGCCCUCCGCAAAGAAAGAAGGUUGAUCAAAAUGACGAUGAAACACAGGAUCCAACAGAGAGUGAGAGCCCUCCGCAAAGAAAGAAGGUUGAUCAAAAUGACGAUGAAACACAGGAUUCGGCAGAGAGUGGGAGAAAGAAGGAAGAAAGAAAGAAGGAAAGAAAUAAGGUGGAUGAUCUUUGCCGAGAUACAAGACGAAUUCUAAGAAACUUGACUGUAGCGAAUCGGAAAUUUAAGUAAGUUUGAACCAUCAGGAUUUUGAUCAUUUCACUCGCAGUCAGUAAAUUUCCAGCUAAGUUUGAACUACAAUCCUGGCAAGAAUUAUCGUGAUCAGCGCGUGCGUAAUUAGAUAUACCUGGCUUGCCCAAUCCUAUCCUUGCGAAAACAGCAAUUUUCAACUUCCCCCGUUCAAUAUUAAAAGCUUAUAAAUUGGUUAGGUGAAAUACAAUGCCACAACCAAUAUUGUACUGUACAUGCAUACAGUAUAUGAACUGCAUAUUGGUUUGCCUUUGUUUUUUGCUGCAAAAUUGAGCAAAUGACAUCCCGUCAGUACAGAAUCAAUUACAUUUUAUUAUAUACGUGUUAAAGUUUAUAUAUUCUUGCAUCUCAGUGUUAAUAUGUAUUAAAUGAAUAAGUGUUAAGGUAACUCGGUGCAGCUUUUAAUAAAUAAUCAAAAGUUAAAUUACAUUAAUACCGAAAUAUUUGCCAUGUUGAGAUGUUUUUGUUGCUAUAGCAAGCGGUUACGUAAUUUUGGUUAAAAAAUUCAAACUACUCAGUUGUUAUUUCAUAUAAAUUAGAUAAUGUCAUCUUAGCUAAGUUUGUUUUUCAUUAAAGUAAUAUUUGUCCAAAAACGGAUCUAAGUAAACAUUUUCCAUUUUUUAAAAAAACUGUCCUUCAAAAAUUAUAGAACAUGGCAUUGGUAUAAUAUAUAAAUUUUAUGUUUUCUUGGCUAGAGAAAUUAUCAAAGACCCUUAUCACAAAGAUGACUCGGAUGACGAAGUAGGAAGCGCUGAUAGACCUAGCAGGUAA